AGAUAUUGUGCUGUUUUUAAUGGCGUCCGUAGUAGUAAUCGGAGGGGUUUUAGGAGGCCUGACUGGACUGUGUGUUAUCAUUACUGGAUUCCUACUUGUAUAUUGUUUGUAUCUUAAAAGAAAGAUGCCAAAGAAUAUUGACGAGGACACUAAAAAUCCAGAAUGUGAUUAUUUCGAAGCCAUAGAUUUCAAAAGGAUAAGAGAAAAUAGAUCACAAGAACAAAGAAAUCACAUUAAUCCACCCAAUUCAUCUUUACUGAAACAGACUAAAAUUGUGUCUAAAGAGUUAGUUAUAGAUGAUGUUGAAUAUUAUAAUACCAUGCCCAAGCAGAGUAAGACAUUAAACGGACAUGAAAGAAGUGAAAAGAAUGGUGAAGUUAAACAACAUAUGGGUGGUACAGGAAGUAAGAUAGAAACAGGAAGCCAUCGAAUUUAUACGCAUGAGGACUCUAUGACGGAAUUUGAAGCAAAUGAAUAUUUUGUGUUAGAAAGGGAGAAUACAACGGUGUCGUGUCAAAAAGUAAAAGGCAAAGAGGCGAAAAACAAGGUAAAUAGGGAGCAAACAACCCCUUCUGGAGAAAAAAUAGAAGCUGCAUCAUUUACAGACAAAGAGGAAAACUAUUAUAUUAAUCAACGUUCAGAUAGGAAUUCCGAGCAUGUAAAGGAAGAAAUAACUAAUGCUGACAUGUAUUUUGUUUUAGAGAAGUGUUAAAUUUAUGCAGAGAAUGACACUUUAAUCUAAUGCCAUGCAAUACAUACGUUAUUGAGAUGUAUCAUAUAGG